AGUGCUUCAAUGCUCUUCAGUUGUGUUUUACCGGCGGCUGGACUGCGUGUGUGUCUCUCACAAGGUGCGUCGGUGAGAGUGUGUGUGUGUCUGUGUGCAUGGCAGAGGGUGUUUGUUUGUGUGUCUGAGCAGGCUUGGGACCAAAGCACUGCGGAUUUGUGUACGGCAUAUUCUGCGGACUGGUGCCCUCUGCUUCUCCGGACAGGACACACAGAUUUACCUGCUCAACAGAGGUCAGAGGGCAAACGAAUAACCCAAAUAACUGAGUUAUAUGGAGUUCUGAAAUUUUAUCUUCACCGCUGAGCAGAUUCUUGAUCUUCCAGACCUCUGAGACCUGGACAGGCCUUUGACAGGAGGAGUCUUAUGCUUGAUGUAAAAAAAAACUGUAAGCACAGUUUGAUCUAGUACGCUCUGCCAAGAAGAAGUCAGGAGUCUUUGCCACCCACGCAGCAUCUUCGGGAACAAAGACUUCUGGGAAACUACCGAGAACUGCUGAGAAGGGCUGGUGGACACAGCAAAAGGAAAGGGGAAGAAAGUGAAGAGCAGGAUGGUGUCACGGAGCGGAGGGCGUCUAAGAGGAGGAGGAAGUAGAGGAGCUCCCUCAGAAGGAAGUGUGCCCUGUCUUCUGCUGGCACUCAUCAUUGGUGUGUGUUGUGUUCAUGCUUUGGAAAUGAACACAGGCAAGGUGCCUUUCUUGGAAGCGGUAAAUGGCAGCACAGUCCUUCUGCCCUGCACCUAUGCCAGCUGUAUUGGGAUCACCAACCUAUACUUCAAAUGGGAGUUCAAUGACAAUGGCACCAUGCAGAAGGUGGCAGAUUCUGUGAUUCCAACUGAUCAUAUGGAGCCAAACAAGGUGCAAAUUUACCGUGAGCGGGUGGAGUAUGUUGGCUCCAGUAAAGAAAAUAACAUCUCUAUCCUGCUUUGGAAUGUCACAUUCGAGGACGCAGGCGUCUACACCUGCUUCGGCAAAAACCCCAAAGAGAAGGGCAGGAAUCACAGCGCCUUUUUCACUCUCUAUGUAGUAGAGGAACUAAAGGUGGUCGAUAACACGCUCACCAUCAUCAUCGCCUCCUGUGUUGGCGGAUUCAUCGCUUUUCUAAUGACCUUCAUGCUGCUAAAGAACUUAACCCUGUUCAUUCUCGCAAAGAUGGAGGAAAAAAAUAAGGAGUGCCUUGUCACCUCCUCAGGGAUUGAUAACACAGAGAACGGUCUGUCGGGCUCCAAAUCUACACCAAAGAAAGCAUGACAACGUGCAACCAAACACAAUCACACAUGCACGUGAAUACAUGGAUCAGCCAUCAUGCUGUGCUCUUGCUGUUCAUUCACAUCCGUGUUUAGAAACACUAUAUGCUUCAGUUUUCAUGAGCAAUUAUAGUAUGAAGCUAACUUUAAAAAAUGUCCAUUCGAACAUUUCAAUACUGUUCACACGGCUCAUUUUAAACAUAUGCAAACACGGAUAUGAAUGAAAAAAGGGCAUUAUGUAUUUCUGCA